GCAAAAAUGACAACAAAUAAUGUAGCAAGUCCGAAGACCUCUAACGCUUUUGUAUAUACGUUAAAGAUUUUUCAAAGAGUCGCUUAGCUCUAUAGCUAUUUCUUUUUGCAAGUAUACAUACGUAUGUCGAUGUUGUCAUACAAUCUCAUGUCGCACUUCUUCUUGCUCAACGAAACAUCCCCAUCCCUAUAGAAAUUUUUCAAAUUGAACAAGCUCUUCCAAUCACUUUUUCGGCCUCUGCGUAGUAACAUGAAAUGCUUCUUGGUUGUUGGCUCACGUAAAGAGGCCAUUGCGAUUAAUGGCCCCCCAAACGUUGUAAAGUCAAAACAGUUUGAGGGACAGAUUAAAGUGCGACUUCGCGAUUAUGAAGUUCAAGAUCAUGAGUAUUUUUCAAAGUCCAAUGACACAUGCUCUAUCAUGAUAGCUGGACACUUUGUUCCUACAGAAAGUGUAAUGACUGCCGACGAUAUUUUGUUUGGUAACCAAUUUGAUAAACCCUUACGAGAUGUUCUUCCCGCUGGAUCCUCUUACUUAAUGAAAUGUCUUAAGCUGGUGGACCCAGCGCUUGAGUAUGAUUUGUACAGUGACCAACCAUGGGCUUUUUCUCCAUUUUAUUCGACCAUGACCAAGAUGAAAACGGCUAACACUCAGCUCCCUCUAGAGUAUUUCGAUGAAGGUUCAUCCAAUAGAAAGAAAGAAAUGCUAGAUCCUGAAAACCGACAAAAAUUACCAAUCAAUCCAAGUCGAUACUUCGUCGCUGACUUUUGUAAUCCUUUUUUUGACCCUAGUUCCAUGAGCAUCUCCAUUCCAUAUACCAAAUUGAAGUUUUCCAUCCAAAGCUAUUAUUCUGGGCAACCUUUACGAUACGUCUGCAAAACUAGGACAGAUGAACCAAUCUUUGCUAUAGAGUUUGAUUUGUAAAUCAAAACAAAGUCAAUAAAAAGUUAAUGUCACCAUCUAGUGAACUGUUAUCCGGUCAUCAGUUAUGUUUAUAAGCACUUUCUGAUUAAUUAAUUAUUAUGUUUACUUUGCUCCAAUA